UCUAAAGAGGCACCCUCACCAUUUCAUCAAGGUCUCAGCCACCAUCCCAUCCUCAGUGACUGUGUAUGGCAGAAUCCCAGCUGCUGCCCCCCGCACUCCAGUCUGCCCAGAAGGCAGUCUAACAGAAAUGUCUCGGACAUACCGUUUCUCCCCAUUACUAUGGCACCAUGUGCUAAUCCUUCUCCAGACAGGGUUAUCGGGCUGCAUUUAGCUCAGCAAGUUUUGCUCUUCAAGGGAAACCACCUGAAGCUCUGCAGGAACUAAGACUCUCCCCACCAUACCUGCUGCAAAUUUAGACAGCCCCUACACAUGGUCAAGAUCCUGAAGUCCCGCAUGGCACUAACAUCCACCUAAUGCAGGUGCAAUCCCCACAGAGUGCAACGAUGAACCUUCCCCAAAUCUCCUACAAUUAUAUUUAGUCCUUGCCAAGAAAUACUUCAACUGAAGUCAACAAAAAGUUGGGCAGAAUAAGGAAUUUGACCUUUUGGGAACAACAGGGAAAAGGUGCCUGCCUGAAUGUCUUCUAAGUUUUGGAUACUAAUCCAAGAUACAGCUCUGUAAGUACUAAGCACAUGGAAAACAUCAGUGCAAGAGGCUAGAAACUGCGCUAGUUAAGUGUCUGUUAAUGACCCUUCAAUAUCUCAGUACUUCAAUACCCCAAUACUGCUGGUACUGACAUGGGACAACUUUGUUCUCCUUUAGGUGCAUCUGGAUUCCUGUCUCUCAAGACCCUGUUCUCCAUCUCUGAAUUACUUAGAGCCUUGCUACCACCUGAUUCAGUGGGGAGUGAAGAAAUCCCCAAAUCUAGGCAAGCUCCCUGUUCCCUGUGUCCGUUCACCUCCCUGCUCCAGUGAGAAAAACUACCUCUACACAGUCCCUUUUUUUUUUUGCAGCACAGUGUGAAGACGCUCCUCUGCUUGGUGCCAAGGAGUUAAAUUCACACUGAGCUCCCAAAGUCAGUUGCUUCCAAGUAAGAGUCUGGCUGCUGCCUGUGGUUUGUGGGAAGGGAUUUUGUUUUUUAAUAACAUUAUAAAUAGGGCUGUGUUCAGCUUGCUGCAGACACACUCACUUUCUCUCCCAUCUCCCUCCUCCUGCUGCUGCCGCUUCUCUUUCCCUUCCUCCCUUCAACAACCAUCCCAGUUCUGGCCAUGGACCGGUCAAGCUUCUUCCUCUGCUUACUGGUGUGCCUCCUUCCCGUUCUCCAGGCAUGUCCCCCAAGCUGCCACUGCCACGGUGGGGAUCUCCAGCACGUCAUCUGUGACAACGUGGGGCUGAAGAAGAUCCCGAAGGUGCCAGAGCAAACGCGGCUUCUCAACCUGCAGCGAAACAACUUCCCUGUCCUGCCGACCAACGCGUUCAGGGAGAUGAAAGGGCUCGUGUCCCUCCAUCUCCAGCAUUCGCACAUCAAGGAGAUCUCCAGUGGCGCCUUCCGGGGACUGAAGCAGCUAGUCUACCUGUACCUCUCCAAUAAUGACAUCAGCAUCAUCAAGAUGGGAGCCUUUGACGACCUGACUGAGCUCACCUACCUAUACAUGGACAAUAACAAGAUCUUGGACUUGCCCAAAGGGCUUCUCUCACCAAUGAUUAACCUCUUCAUCUUGCAGCUGGGCAGCAACAAGAUCAGAGAGCUGAGGUCUGGGGCCUUCAGCGGUACCAAGGACCUGCGCUGGCUCUACCUCUCUGACAACUCCAUCUCUUCCAUCCAGCCUGGGGCCCUGGAUGACGUGGAAAACCUUGCCAUCUUCCACUUGGAUAAGAACCAGCUGAGCACUUAUCCCGUGGCUGCAAUGAGCAAGCUGAGGGUGGUGGAGGACCUGAAGCUGUCUCACAACCCUAUGAAGGUCAUUCCUGACAACGCCUUCCAAUCCUUCGGGCGCUACCUGGAGACCCUCAGCCUGGACAACACAGGCCUGGAAAAAUUUACAGAUCACGCCUUUUCUGGAGUGACCACCCUGAAGACGGUCCAUCUCGAGAACAACAGGCUGACCCAGCUGCCCAACAACUUCCCAUUCGGCAAACUGGAGAAGCUCACCCUGUCCAACAACCCCUGGCACUGCUCCUGUCAGCUAGCUCCUCUGCGCAAGUGGUUGAAGGCCAGCCGCACCCGCCCUGAUGGGGCCUGCUUCUCACCAGCUCAGUACCGAGGACAGCAGAUCAGAGACGCUGCCGUCCUCCGCAGCUGCAAGCUACCUACCAAGCGGUCUAAGAAAGGAAGUCGCCAUUAAACAGGCCCCACUUGGCUAGUCCUGGUGACUGCCCACUUCAACCAAUCACAAAACUACUGACUCCUUCCAAGUCCAUCCUUCAGCUUCUUCCACCUAUCAGGAAAUAUUUCUGAUGUAUCCAAAACACCUCCAGCCUUCUCAGUCCCCGCUUCUCUGCAGACGGCAGGACGGAGUACAUCUUUUCAAUCUUUUCUGACAUUAUGUAUUUUUAAAGAGUCAUUUUAAACUAAAACUAUGCAUGACCAUGCUAAGACAAGCUAACCUAGAUCCUGCCAGUAAAGCACAGUCAUCUGCCCACAGACAAUGAUGUAACCAGUGGCCCUGAUUGCCCCCAUCUCUCCUUCCAGUGGGGUGGACACAAAUGGAAAGACACAAGGGUUUCUCCCUGUCUCUGCCAGCAGGAA